GUGUGGAAAACUUUUGUAUAUGAACUGUAAUCUUCCCCAAGGGAAGAGCACGCUUAAAGUAAAAUGGCAGAGGAAUUACUGGUGGAAAAAUAUGGGAAAAUUACAGGGCAUCUCACACCUUCUCUGCUGUUAGUGGCCUUCUUGUCCUCAUUUGGGAGCUCCAUGUUAUACGGUUUUAAUUUGGCUGUGGUCAAUUCUCCCGCCCAGUAUAUCAAAGAGUUUUAUAAUGAGACUCUCACUGAGGAGUAUGGUUGGGAGACAGAUGAAGAGUCCCUCACUGUCCUCUACUCACUCACCGUGUCCAUCUUUGCUAUCGGAGGGAUGACCGGGGCCCUGCUAGUUGGCCGACUCGUAACCACCUAUGGGAGGAAAGGGACACUGGUGAGGAUCACAGUGCUGGUGUUUUUGGGUGGAGCUCUGAUGGGCUUCAGCAGGACCUGUAGGAUGCCUGCCAUGGUCAUCCUGGGACGGUUUAUCACAGGGGUUCACUCAGGGAUCUCCCUCAGUGUGGUGCCAAUGUAUCUGGGUGAGAUUGCCCCUAAAAACUUGAGAGGUUUCUUGGGUCUUGUUCCCAGUAUUCACAUUUGUAUGGGAGUCUUUAUUGCUCAAGUUUUGGGACUUGGGGAACUGCUGGGAAAGGAGGAGCACUGGCCUCUGCUCUUGUCUCUGGUGGUUUUUCCGACGAUGGUUCAGCUUCUGUUGUUGCCAUGGUUUCCAGAGAGUCCUCGAUACCUGUUGAUCGAGAAAGGAAAUGUUCACGGCACUAUUGCAGCCCUGAAGUGGUACCGUACCAAAGGGAACAUCCAAGCGGAGGUGGAGGAGAUGCAGGAAGAACAACGCUCCCUGACCUCCAUUGAGACCAUCUCAGUGUGUGGGCUGCUCAAAGACCGCUGUGUGCGCUGGCAGGUCAUCACCAUCAUAGUGGUCAACAUCGGCAUGCAGCUGUCUGGCAUUGAUGCAAUUUGGUUCUACACAAACGAUAUAUUCAAGGACGCUGGGAUUCCUGAGCCCCACAUCCAGUACACGACAGUGGGGACAGGGGCCAUUGAAGUCAUUUCUGGAAUGUUAGGGUGUUUCACCAUCGAGCGUCUGGGUAGAAGACCUUUGAUGAUUGGUGGAUUCCUGUUUAUGGGAGUGUGCUGUGCUGGAAUUACUGUGUCUGUCCUUUUACAGCCUCAUUUAAUAAUCAUGCGGUAUGUCAGUGUAGCCUGUGUUGUUGGGAUCAUUGCUGGCUUCUGCAUUGGCCCAGCCGGGGUACCCUUCCUGAUCACUGCAGAGCUCUUUAAACAGUCUCACCGUCCCGCUGCCUACACUGUGGCAGGCUGCCUUAACUGGCUGUCCAACUUCACCAUAGGAUUCCUCUUCCCUUUCCUGGAGAUGGACAUGGGUCCUUAUUGUUACCUGAUAUUCUGUGUGAUUUGUUUGGGAGUGGCUCUGUACACGACCAUCAUCAUUCCAGAGACCAGGAAUAAAACAUUUAUGGAGAUCAGUCAGAUGUUUGCCUCCAGAAACAACAUCCUUGAAGAUGAGUUAACGUCAAACGGACAUCUCAAAAUGUCUAUGAUGAACGGUUAUGGGACCCUUGGACAUGGUGAUUCGACGUAAAGGGCUAAAGUUUUAGCCAUUUACAUAGAAAAGAGGAAAUCUGCUGCUUUAUGUACAAAGAUCAACACAUACUCAAUCUAGUAAUGUUCAAAAUACGCCUUUAUCCCCAAGACAGACAUCAAGCUGUCACGCAUUUCAACUCAACCAUCAGAGGAAUUUUAAUCAAUGUUACCAUAUCUGAUUUUACACUGAGGCUCUUGUUGUUCUCUAGUAACUGUAAUAUGUUUGAACUAAACCUUUUUUAACUUAUUACUGAUAUUAUUACUGCUUACCAAAACAUAUUUGCUUGUGCAACAUGGUAAAUAGGAUCUUACAUAUUUAUUAUAUUUAUUUAAUAGUCCUACUAUAACCUUAUAUCUGAUAUGAUCUCUACAUAAAGGAGAUAGAAACGCUAUGGCUACUGUAGUAGUCAUUUCACCACUUACACUGGAAAUGAAACAAUCAGACAUGUUUGUAUGGCUCAUCGUUGUUGUAUGCUUUUUUGUUGUAGCUAUUUAACAUACAUCGUAUUAUAAACUCUGUUCUGCCUUUGUUUUUGUUUUUUUACAUUUGCCUUGUCGUUGAGCAUACACAUACUGAUUUGGCAUAGCCUUUAUUUCUCUGACAUUUAUUGGUUUAUGGCCCCUGUCUGUUUCCUGGUUUGUUUAAUGUUUAAAGUAAAAUAAGCCUCUAACAUACAGCUA